AUGCGUCUGACGUUAGUGUUUCUCGUUUUAUCGUUGUUGCAUAAUGGAAUAGCUCUGAAUAUUCUCGGUAUAGUUUCGGUGCCAUUACGAAGUCACUAUAUGGCAUUUCAGACAUUCUUCCGAGAAUUGGCGGCUAGAGGGCACAAUGUUACCGUUAUAAACAACUUCCCUGAUACUCGUAAUACAAGUAAUCUACGAUUCGUCAACUUGAAUCAGCAACUUUUAACGAAUAUCACUAGUUUGGAAAUGUAUGAGAAUAUAAACCCGACUUUCUUACAUUGGAGGAAUUUUUAUAAUUUUUUGUCUUACACACCGCGGAUAGUGCGACAAGAUUGUGAAAAUUUAUUCACAAAUGUAAAUGCGAAAAAGCAUCUAGCUGAAGGAAAUAAAUAUGACGUUGUGUUUGUGGAGUUAUUCACUAGUGAUUGUGCAUUAGUAUAUGCAGCGGAUAAUUUUGAAGACACUCCUAUUAUUGGAUUAACAUCCCACGUUUUGUUGCCUCACACUUAUACCGCGUUGGGGUUACCGUUCAGGGUAGCAGCUGAUUCAUUCUUUUUUUCCAAAGGAGGACCGAAUCCUUCUUUGUUAACAAAAGUAGAAGUAGCUGUGAUGAAAUUAUGUUUGGAUCUCUUUGAUCGGUUGGUAAAUCACAGAAUUAUUAAUGAAGUGUUUCAGAAACACACGAGAAAAGCUUCUUUAGAUGUUGAGAGCAUAGCGAAAGAUAGAAUGAAUAUGGUAUUCGCUUAUCAACAUUAUUCUAUGACAGGAGCACGUUUGUUGGCGCCACAGCUAUUGGAGAUAGGGGGACUUCACAUAACUCAACCAAAACCAGUGUCGAAGGAUAUACAAGAAUUUCUUUCAAACGCUAAACACGGUGCCAUCUAUGUAAGCUUUGGGUCAAACUUAAACAUCAGUCGCAUGUCGCCGCGCAUGCUACAGAAUUUCCUGACGGCAUUCACGAAAGUCCCCCAAAAAUUUUUAAUCAAGUGGGAGAACGAUACGUUUCCCUCAGGACAUGAUAACAUCCUAACAAAAAAAUGGUUCCCGCAGUUCGAUGUAUUAUGUCACCCAAAAAUUGCUGGGUUCAUCUCGCACGGUGGAAUGUUGAGUUCAUCUGAAGCUAUUCAUUGCGGCAAGCCGAUGGUGACGAUACCGUUCUUUGGAGACCAAUUCGACAAUUCAGCGUCGCUCAGUGAAAUUGGCUUCGCUAAAACACUGCUGUUCGCCAGUAUCACAUCGGAGAUUUUGGCUAAUGCUAUUUCUGAGAUUACUUCACCAGAAAUGCAGCAAAACGCCCGAAGAGUUUUCAAUUUAUGGCAUGACCGUCCUUUACCAGUUAUGGACAGCGCCAUCUAUUGGACUGAGUAUGUGGCUCGACAGCGUAAUGCGCCACCUUCGCUGCCUUCCAAACAUACCACAUGGUUCGAGUUUCUACUAAUAGAUGUCAUUUGUAUUUUUGCGUUAUUAUUAUUUAUUGUGGUUUGGUUAUGUGUCGCAAUUUGGAAAUUAAUGAAAAAAGUAUUUAGUGUAUUAUUGAGAAAAUUGUUUUGUAAAAAUAAAGUAAAGAAGCAGUAG